CCUUUAUCAAUUUAAACGACUGAUUGAAGUUGCGAUUGUUUGGUCGCCUUCAGUUUACAUCGGUGCAGGUCCAUGGCUGCUGCAGGUGCUGGAGAGGUGUACCCGACCUUGUGGGGGUUCAGCCCUGCGUUAGAUCUUCAGAUGCAGUGUCUUCACACUACACUUCAACAUUUAUCGACCUGUGAUGAUAUACCUGAGCUGAAUAUUCUUCUGGUGGGAUGUGGCGAUGGGAGACAUCUUCUCAAAACUAUCUGUCAGGCACGUCGCUGGCCACAGAGAAGGCUUAAUUUCUUCAUCAUUGAAAGUGACCUGGAGCUUCUUGCUCGACAACUGCUGUUUUUGACUUUGGCCCUGGAAAAUCCAGAACAAAUGGGUUUGCAAGAGAAGUGUGAGAUGUUUCUUGAGCUGUUUGGCAACAGUAUGGUCCGUAGUAAGACUGCAGCAUACCUACAAGACCAGUGUGCGCUGUUCAUUAAAUGCAUCACCGAUCCCGAGUACCAACAGGGUGUCCUCCCGUUCCUGAAUAUGACUUCACUUAAGUUUAAAGAAAGGGAUGAACUGGAAUACAUCUUUAAGUUCUGGCGGACACCCGAACCUAAGCUCUUCCCCAUUGACCGAUACUGGGACGUAAAGAACCGUCAGUUUUUGGGCAAACGCUACGACUCCAGGAGAGGAGCUUAUGACUGGGAUUUAAAUAUGAAACUGCAUGACCGAGGAGCAGCAAUGAUCAGCGCCACGGAUUACAAUCGCUGGAGAGAGAAAGGUGUUGCAUUUAUGAUACGUGAAGGAAUCUAUGAUGUCCCUAAUAAAACUCUGGCUUCUCAUAUGACUGUGACACAUAGAUGCGGGAAGGUACGAGCUCGAGGAUACUGGGGAGAUAUCACCACCAGUCCUUACAUCGCAUAUGGCAUCGAAACUGAAGAAAAGGGCUUGUUGAAAUCUGCUAAUGGUGUGUAUACAAAGACUGCUCAAGACUUAUCUCAAUACAACAUCACCUCAAUGUUUCACGAGUUGGUGACCGGACAGAAAUACUCUCUGCCUACACCACAUGAAAAUGGCAGUGAAGGAGGAGCCAGUACCUUUCCACCCAAUGGUUUUGUCGCCCAGACCACUAUCCAAGAAGAUGAAUCCAGUGAGAAACCUAAUGGAGACCUGGAUCAUGAAAAGCGUGGUGAAGCCCCAAAUUAUCACAAGCUAGACAAUGUGGUAAUACAUCUUCUACCACUUAGCUGGGUGCAUGACCUUCAUCACAGGAGCAAAUUUCUCAAGCUGUUCAAUAUGAUCUACUUCUCCUGCAGUAUGGUUCACCAUUUGACUCCAGACUACAAGCUGAUAUCUGCCAGGAAAGCAACUCUUAUUCUAGAAUUAACAAAGUUCAUGGUGGAUCUCCACGUGGACAAGAUAAAAAGCUAUGUGACCAUUGUGGCCAAAGUUGCCAAGGAAGCUGGAUUUGCAGCCACUGAAAACAUAGAUUGGAAGAGAGAUCACCUUGCCACUUUUGAACGUUUGGAUGACGGUGAAGAAGACCAGAAAGGAUUGUAAACGGUCUAAUCUACAGCUCUAUCCAGAUGUCUCACCCUCUGUUGUGCAGAUGUAAUACUAGCUGAAUAGAGACUAAAGAUAUUUGCUUGUUUGUUUUUUAGAACUUCAAAAGAACCUGCAGAACUUGAACAUGAUGUCCGUUCUGCACGCAGCGUGUUACAGAAAAGGAGAUAAUGGGAGGAUAGAUAUAGUUUUAUGCAAAAAUAUCCAGUAUAAUUUGGUCUAAAUCAUCCUCAGCCUGAGCUUUAAGGGCUUUUAAUAUUGAUGACCUAACCUCAGGAUAGGUCAUUGGUAUCAGGUCGGCAGGGGUGCCAGGUGUCGGACCUCCUCCGAUCUGAUAUUGAUAACCUAUCCUGAGGAUAGGUCAACAACAUUAAAAGCCCAGAGAACCCCUUUAAGCUCAGGAUCAGCUGUAUGUGGCGAUGGUGUGUGCAUGUGCCGUCUCCCUUCUCUCUCUUCCUGCUGCUAUGUCUAUGGCAAAGCAGCAGCAGGAAGGGAGACUGCACGUGCACACUGCGCGCCGUCUCCUCAUACAGCUGAUCGUCGGGGGUGUCGGCCCCCACCGGUCUGAUAUUGAUGACCUAUACUGAGGAUAGGUCAUCAUCAAUAAAAGCCUGGAGAACCCCUUUAAUGGGAUUUUCCCACAAAGUAUUUAUCACCUAGCUGCAGGAUAGUAAAUAAAUGUUGCAUCAUUAGGGGUCUGACUGCUGAGACCCAGAGUGAUCCCAAGAAUGGAGGGUCUCUGAGAAUUCUCUAUGAAUGGAGCGGAGUUGCUCAGGUAAGUCUACUUUUUAUGGACUGAGGGAGCACGGGCUACAUUGGUCCCAUUGAAGUGAAUGGCACAUUGGACUGCCAUUCAGAGCUGGAACCUGAGGACCCUACAUUUUUGGGAUCACUGAGGGUCUCUGCAGUCACUGAUCCUGUAGGCAGUCACUGAACUGUAGCUCCUCCAGUACACGGAGAGGACAUUUUCCAUCAGACCGGUUCACUUUACAGAUACAAGUUCAUAUAGGGAUUUCCAGGAUUAGAAAUACAGCACCACACCUGUCCAUAGGUUGUGUCGGGGCUGAGAUGUAACCUGUAAAUGGGUGGCACUGUUUUUGAAACUCCCUUUAAGAGGACUAUACAUGGCCAACAACUGGGCCAAAUCGGUGGAAAGAGGCAAUAGCAGGCCAUCCUUACAGUUUGUCUUGAACUCCUCCCCCAUAACAAAAUCGUUAGAACAGUAUGUGCUUGUUAAUUAAGAACUAAAACCAAGCUUGUUUGUAGGCUAUGACACAUGACGUUUUUUCGUUCAAUGUUUGAUAGAUGAAGCAUGUUCAUUUACCUUUUAUGCUUUUGGAUCAAUGGUCUACAACUUGUGGCUCUCCAGCUUUUGGGAAAGUAUAAGGGUGCAUUCACACCAUAUGUUGUCUGUUUUGCCUAUUCUUGUCUGCAAGACGGACAAGCAUAGGACAGGUUUUAUCUUUUUUGGGAACGGACAUACGGAUUCAGACAGCAGAUGGUGUGCUGUCCGCAUUUUUGCGACCCUGUUGAAAUGAAUGGAUCCGCAUUCAAUCCACCAAAAGUGCGGAUCUGAUGCGGAACAAAAAUACUGUUGUGUAAAUGGGCCCUUACUCUCAGUAUGCCGUGAUGGCCUACAGCUGGAGAGCCACAGGCUGGAGAUUAGAUUACUGCACUAAAUUAUUUAGGUGCCACUGGAGACAGGAGUCUUUACACGGAAGGUGCUAUUAUAGUAUAGGUAAUGCAGACCAUACAGAGGUAUAAGUUGCUUUUACUUAACAUGGAUUGCAGGUUUCAGGUCUUUCUAAUGUAAUUUAUAUAUUGAACUCUAAGGCUUUGAGAACGUUGCUAGGUACCAGGAAUUUACUGCUUAACAACUUUUUACUUUGUUUUGAGAACAAAAAUAAAUUAAUUAAUUAAAAUUGACUCCAGGAGUAGAAUAAUGACCUGAUCAGGAUAGGUCAUCCAUAUCUAAUCAGUGGGGGUCCAAAUCCCAGCAUUUCUGCCGAUCACCUGUUUGAGGAGGCCCGGCACUCCAGUGAGCAGUGCAGCCUCUUAGGGCGAUGGCACACAGUGCGGCCUCCUCUUAGGGCGAUGGCACACAGUG